CCUGCGGCGGCGCACGCUCGGUGCUGUGGCUUCCAGAAUUCACAGCGGCUUCUGCUCUAUCCCCAUUCACGGGACUUCAGGGCGGAGUCCUGGGGGACAGGCCGAGGCCCCUGUAAAGGGCCCCAGAGAGCCCGCCCUCCUGCACUGUGAAGACUCAGCAGCGAGGCCGCGAUGAGCCAGGAAGCGGGCCCUUCCCCGACUCAGAGCUGGGCCUUGGGCUUCUCGGCCAGAGGGACCCUGAGCGAUGAUGCCCUGAGAGACGCCUCGGCCACGGCCUUCCGCGGUACAGCAGCCUGGACCGACGAAGCGCCUGCUAAGUGCUGGGCCUCUUUUCUGUGGGUGCGAGCUGCAGGGACAUUUCAGCCUGCCCCAUUCCUGAACCCCGGAAUCCCCACUGCUGGAGCCCCCAGCGCCAGUCAGGAGCGGUCAAUAGGAGGAAGCCCAGGGCUGAAGGACGAAGCCGUGGCGCGCGCGCCGCCGCGGGCACACAGCGCCCCCUGUCGGCCCAGCAGCCGAGCUCGGCGCACUCCGCGUCCGCCGCGGUUGGCGCUUUGUGAUAAACAAGCGUCCGGGUUGCAGCCCGGACGCUCGUCUCUGAAAGGUUCGCCGCCUCCGCCCCUCGGAUGGCUUUUGUCAGUCCUUCAGUGACCCCUUACCGAUGUCUUACUGGAGAGGGUGGCUGGCCCAGUCUUUUGUGUCGUGCAUUCUAGCAACAGUCCUCAUCUACCUGUGGUCACGAGUCUAUCGCUUCUGUUACUAAAAUUCAACCCACACAACUGGCCAGCAAAGUGACGAUUUUAGCUGUGGGAUGAAGAACUGAGGAAAAACUUCUCCCCUAAGACUGUUUAUCUGUUGGCCCUAGUGUCCUGCAGUGGGGAUGUGGCCAGGGAGGCCAGACAAGUGGCCCUUCUCGGAGCCAGGAGAGAACCCUCAGGCUCUGCAGACCUGCAGAAGAAACCCUGCGGCCGCACUCAGGGAGGACCACCCUGACCAGCUUGGCGAGAGCCACUUCUGGUGCCUCUGCUCACUCACCAUGGCGUGGCCCAAGUCCCAGC